UGCUUGUUCACCGAUGUUUGAUCAAUGAUUCUCAUCGAUGCAGCAUUCUACGGAACUUAUACCCUUGGUUGAUACCCUCCUAGCGAAUCUGGAGCCCAGACAACCUCUUCCUGAAGACUUCAUACACGCUCUUCAUAGUUUCUUCCCGGACUCCCUCAUUCUCGCUGCCCUGGACCUAAUAGACAGACAGUGUGUCAUCAAGAACAUCUCGCCCUGGGGACAUAUACAAUUCGAUGUUUUGGGCUCGACAGCGACGUACACCGUGCUAGUCAACUUGUCGGUCACCCCAGUCUCAGCCUACUGCACAUGCCCUGCGUUUGUGUUUGCUGUCCUCAUCUCACAAUCCCAUAUUAUGUGCAAGCAUAUCUUAGCGGCGCGGCUUGCUCAAAAAUUGAGCCUGUGUAUUGAACGGCCCUUGACCCUUGAUGGUAUGGCAUCUUUAGGAGUUUCGCGCAAUUCAUGAAAAGUCGGUGAUAGUGUAAGUGAACAAG